AUGGAAAACUUUACUGUGCUAACGAACCCAAACGAAUCGGUUUGGGAAUGUGUUGCCGACACGGUAAGAGUCCCCAUCUUUGUUGACCGAGUCCUUAUAGAUCACAAAAACGGAAGGCACCGCAGUAGCCAUCGCCGACUACUCUUGCUGGAAAAAAGGUUUUGGGGACGAUCUAACUCUAACUGUUUUGAAAGACAAGAGUAAGUGUCAAUGCACGCACAAAACACCCAUGUUUAGGUACCGGUGAUUUUGUAUGCUCGCUAGCUACGGUUACAUAUUGUAUGUCCAGGAACUCAAAAACCCGUGAACCCAUAACGGCUGUUGGGAUGUUCUAUACGUCAGAGAAGUACCGCGGAAAGGGUAUUGGAACCAAGGUAUUCGGCAGCAUGCUAUCUCUAGAAAGAUUUGCCGGCCACAACAUGACUCUUCUUGCAGGUGAAUCAAUGUGAUCUGUCGGGUUAUAUUCAGGCGAGGCAUUCAAGCCGGGCCUGAGAAAUUUUAAAAACGGCCCGAGCCGGACCUACUUUUCGUCGGGCCGGUCCAAUUCUGCUUUUCAUCAAGCCGGGCCAGGAAUAUUUUUUAUCGGCCGUGACAGUCCUACUUUUCGUCGAGCCAGGCCAGGAAUAUUUUUUGGGGGCCGGGCAGGGCUAUCUUUUACGCCCAACCGGGCCAGGCCAAGUCCACUUUUCGUAAGGCCAGGCCGAUCGUUCUUUUCAUCGAGCCGGGCUCUGGGCCUCAAAAGACACAAAGCCCGGCCCGAUUACCAUGUCUGGUCCUAUUCUCGGGUUUUCAGCGGAGCACAUGGCACCAAAAUACGCUUCAAAAUUUGGGUUCUCCAACGAGCCGCCGUUCACGUGGAAAACGUAUGCCGUAACUGCCGAUAGGAUUAGCACAAAACGGUUAAUGCGUCACAGGGAAGUGCACAUUUUACCCUGGACUAACGUGGAGUUCGCAAAAAUCGAUAGCUUUGACAAAACUAUCGCUACAGAUAUUGUUCGGACCGACUAUCUGAAGGCUAGUUUGGAAAUCCCGGAGGCUUUGACACUUGUGAGUUUUUUAAAAAUCAUUAAAGAUUGCAGCAUUAGGUUGCUCUGGGUAAAUCUGAGGCUGUUACUGGAAUAAUUCGUGGCCGACAGUGUGUUCAGAAUCAACUUUACGUUGGCCCUUUCUACGCUGAUUCUCCGGUAAGUCAGAAUUAUGUCAAAACUUUCGAGAGUUGUCAAAGAUCAGUCUGUCGGGAAAAUAACGUGGAUCUGCGGCAGCUCGUCGCAAUUGCGUAACAAGUCUCCAGAUUCGGCUAGUUGUUGCAAGCGAUGAUGGUAAUUUUUAGCCGCGACAAAUCCACGUCAGUUUCCUUACAGUCUGUUAUAAUCCAAAAGACACAAUUGCAAAAAUAUUGUGGUAUGCAUUUUUCAGGCCAUUGCGGAGUCCCUUCUUAAAGAAUUCUUUGAAAACUUUACUUCUAUCGCUUCAGUUAGCAGAAUUUUAAUCAGCGCGCCCUCCGACAACGAAGACUUUACUAGGCUAUGGUCAAAGAUGUUGAAUUCGAAUGUAGAAGACGCUGGAAUAUUAAUGCCCGGACAAUUUACCAAAACGCCUCCGAAGGUAUGUUUCUAUUUAAUCCUCAAUUUUGGAUUUUCUAGAUUCCUACCGACAGAAUCUACGGGGUCUUUGAGUACAGCAUGAGCUAUGUUUAA